UCCCCCUUGCUCUCUCUCUCUUUCAUUCCCUCUCUAAAUACCACCAGUUGAUUAAAUGCCGACCAGAGAGGAGAACACUUUAGAUCACUGCUACAGUACAAUCAACCGUGCCUAUCACGCCGUCCCCCGCGCUGCACUGGGACACUCUGACCACAUCAUAGUCCACCUGAUUCCUGCAUACAGGCAGAAAUUAAAACUCUGCAAACCUGUUGUGAGGACAUCUAAGAAGUGGACCAGUGAAGCUAUGGGGGAUCUUCGCACGUGCUUGGACUGUACUGACUGGGAUGUUUUCAGGACUGCUACCAUCAGUCUGGAUGAGUACACAGAGGCUGUGACAUCAUACAUCAGCUUCUGUGAGGACAGCUGUGUACCAUCACGCACCAGGGUUAUCUACAACAACGACAAACCCUGGUUUACAGCUAAACUCAGACAGCUAAGGCUGGCAAAGGAGGAAGCAUUUAGGAGUGGGGACAAGGACCGGUUUAAAGAGUCUAAAUACAGGUUUAGCAAGGCGGUGAGAGAUGCUAAACGACUGUACUCUGAGAAACUCCAACAGCAGUUCUCAGAAAACAACUCGGCCUCUGUCUGGAAGGGCCUCAGACAGGUCACCAACUACAAACCGAAAGCCCCCCACUCCACUAAUGACUUGCACCUGGCCAACGACCUGAAUGAGUUCUACUGCCGAUUUGAAAGACAAUGGGACAGUCCUGACACCAUCCCCCGUGACCCCAUUCACCAGCUCCAGACCACCAGCUCCUCCUCCCCCAUCUCAGCAGGAGCCCAGGCCUCUCUACAAUCACCCACCUCAGAGGCCCCCUCCCCUAUCACAAUGACAACUCUCUCCCUCCUGGAGAGGGACGUUAACAGACUAUUCAAGAGACAGAACCCCCGCAAAGCAGCUGGACCAGACUCUGUCUCUCCCUCCACCCUGAAGCACUGUGCCGAUCAGCUGUCUCCGGUGUUCACAGACAUUUUUAACACCUCACUGGAGACAUGCCACGUACCAGCCUGCUUCAAGACCUCUACCAUUAUCCCCGUCCCCAAAAAAACAAGGACCGCAGGACUCAAUGACUACAGACCCGUCGCCCUGACCUCUGUUGUAAUGAAGUCUUUUGAGCGCCUUCACCUGGACACUGCAGGAACCUAUGUCAGGAUCCUGUUUGUGGACUUCAGCUCCGCCUUCAAUACCAUCAUCCCGGCUCUACUACAGGACAAGCUCUCCCUGCUGCACGAUGAGUCGGAGGAGUCAGGGGAGUCAGAGGAGUCAGAUGAGUCAGAGGAGUCAGGGGAGUCGGAGGAGUCGGAGGAGUCAGGGGAGUCAGAGGAGUCAGAUGAGUCAGAGGAGUCAGAGGAGUCAGGGGAGUCGGAGGAGUCGGAGGAGUCAGGGGAGUCAGACGAGUCAUGUUAA